AAAUGUGCUCUUGUGUUAUUUAGCAAAUGCUUCACGUUUAAGCGUGUUUAUUUUGCCAAUACAAUGUGCAACUUCUAUUUCGAUUCAUAUACCGAAAACAGUGAGUCACAGCAAUAUCAUCUUAUCUUAAUGAACUGAACAAAUCCGUCAAUCACACUGCCUUAAGAGGAUUUUUUUAUAGAUGACAUUUUUCCAAAUGCCCUCUAUGGCCUCAGUUUUAAAACUGACAUAUGCAUGUGUAUUAGCGAUCACAUGCAAGAAUGCCUUGAACUGAAGCAAUUGAAACAUAUUGUAGCUGUAUUUUGUGGUGAUAAACAUUUAUAUACCUACGAUGCUUGUGAACUGUCAUCCAUUAAUCGCCUUGGAUGACUGGCAUGGUCAAUGUCUAACUUACUUGCUCGAUAUAAGGAAAGUCGAAAGCCACCGAAGGUGCAUUCUUGUUCACAAUGGGGAAGGAAAUUUAUAUCAGCAAAACUAAAGCCAUUGUUAUUGCCUUGGCAGUAGCAGUGGCCUUAGUGGUAGUUGGCCUCAUGGCUGGUCUAAUUGGAAAAGAUAGUGUCAGCAGUGAUCCAAAAACUACAUCCAAACCUUUAACAACCAAACCGUCCACCACAACGGCACCUCCAUAUCCCCCCGGUCCUUGGAAUGAGUAUCGUCUGCCUAGAAGCGUAAUCCCAACGCAUUAUGAAGUGGAGCUCAAGCCUGAACUUUACAAACAGCCGGAUGGUCUUUAUAUCUUCAGUGGCCAGGUGAAUAUCACCAUGAUAUGCAAGGAGCAGACUGACGUUAUCCUCAUUCACAGCAACAAGCUCAACUACUCAGACAAUGACAAUAUCUCACUCUCCGGACAAAACGGACCAAUGGCCGUCAACACGUGGCUCGCAACGAAAACCGAAUAUCUGGUGGUGCAGUUGACCGGGGCGAAACUUGAGAAGGACAUGGAAUAUGUUCUUCACGCAAAAUUCAGGGGCGAGCUUGCCGAUGAUCUGGCUGGUUUGUAUCGAAGUGAAUACACGGAGAACAAUGAAACCAAGAUUAUGGCAACUUCACAGAUGGAACCGACAGAUGCCAGAAAAACAUUUCCCUGCUUCGAUGAGCCUGACAUGAAAGCCACAUUUGACAUCACCUUGAUUCACAAAGCUGAACAUGUUGCUCUGUCCAAUAUGCCUGUUGUUUCGACAUCAAUAGAAGAGGACUGGGUCCACACGAAGUUCAACACAUCAGUGGUCAUGCCAACAUACCUUCUUGCUUUUAUAAUCAGUGACUUUGAAAAAGUGGAAGCAGUGGCAAACAAGACUCUAAUACGCAUCUGGGCAAAGAAAACUGAAAUUGCCGCAGGCAAUGCCGAAUAUGCGUUAAAUAUAACUGGGAAGAUACUCAACUUCUUUGAAGAGUACUACGAUGUGCCGUAUGUCCUUCCAAAGUCAGAUCAAAUUGCUAUUCCGGACUUUGCUGCCGGUGCCAUGGAGAAUUGGGGUCUGGUGACCUACAGGGAAACGGCUCUCCUCUACAACCCCGACGUGUCAUCGAAUGGAAACAAGGAGAGUGUGGCCACCAUCGUCACCCACGAGCUUGCCCAUCAGUGGUUUGGGAAUCUCGUCACGAUGCGCUGGUGGUCUGAGCUGUGGCUCAACGAGGGUUUCGCAAGCUACCUGGAAUACAUCGGCACGCACGAGGUGGAGCCCAGCUGGAACAUCAAAGCAUUGAUCAUAUUGAACGAUCUGCAGCGAGCAAUGAGCGUGGAUGCUCUUGCAUCAUCUCGCCCACUCUCCGUUCCACACAGUGAAGUUAUGACUCCAGCUCAGGCAAACUCCAUGUUCGACACCAUCUCUUACAGCAAGGGUGCAUGUAUCCUGAGCAUGACUUCCAGCUUUCUGACUGAGCCCGUGUUUGUAGCUGGCCUUAAGGCGGUGGACAAUCACACGGUGACUCUUCCAGUGGCUGUCAAGGACAUCUUGGACCGCUGGACAAUUCAAAUGGGUUACCCAGUGGUGCACGUGAACACGUCCUCUGGGAAGCUGACUCAGUCCCACUUCCUGCUGAAUCCCAACAGCACCGUCACCCGGCCAUCUGAGUUCGACUACGUUUGGUACAUACCCAUCACGUGGAAGACGUCAACUAAUGUUUCCGCAAUCAAAUGGCUAAAUGAACAAGAGGAGGUUUUCUCAGAUCUUGUUCAUCCUACGUCAUGGGUGAUCCUAAACGUGGAAGCGAUGGGAUACUACCGUGUGCACUAUGAUGAUGGAAAUUUCCAGCACCUACUGGAUCAACUCAACCUGAACCAUUCUGCUAUACCACUUCAAAAUCGAGCUCAGCUUAUUGAUGACACAUUCAGCCUUGCAACAGCUGCAAAGGUGGCUAUUGAGAAAGCAUUGGAGACCACUGUAUAUUUGGAAAAUGAAGAUGAGUAUGUUCCAUGGAGAACAGCCCUCAACAACCUCGGAUACAUCAACGAGAUGUUCUCCACCUCCAAAUACUAUGGGAGGACGUGUCACGAUGUGAAAGUGCUUCCAUCAAAGUGUCUCCAACGAUUAUUUGUUAUGUCAUCUGUUGUCUUCUCUUUACAGAAAUACAUGUUAAAGCAAAUAGAAAAUGUUUAUCAGAUACACAAAAACCUCAGUUUCGUUCCCAGUGGCCACAUGGACCAGUACAUGCAGGUGUACGCUCUGAACACGGCUUGUGGGUACGGCAAGCGAGAAUGUCUAGAAAGUGCCUUGACAAUAUUCCAGAAGUGGAUGGAAAAUAAAUCAAGCAAUGUAAUUCACCCGAACCUUCGCUCGGUGGUAUACUGCCAAGCCCUGGCAGCUGGUAGUAUUUUGGAAUGGGACUUCGCAUUCAAGCUUUUCCAAGAGACUACCUUCCCUGUGGAAAAGGAGAAACUGAGAUCAGCAUUGGCCUGCAGCACCGAGCCCUGGAUCCUCAGACGGCUCCUGGAGUAUGCUUUAGAUUCAACCUUCAUCAGGAAGCAGGAUGCCACAAGUGUCAUUACGUCGGUGGCCCGGAAUGUCAUUGGGCGGCCUCUGGCGUGGAGUUUCGUCAAAGAGAAAUGGGACUUCAUUUUCAACCAGUAUGGCUCUGGGUUCUUCUCUUUCUCAAACUUAAUUACGGGCGUCACGAGGCAUUUCAGCACGCAGGCAGAGCUCGGCGAGCUUCUGCAAUUUAAGGUGACACAUCCAAACCUGGGUUCAGCUGCGGCCACCAUGGAACAGGCCAUUGAGAGGACCAGGACCAACAUCCAGUGGAGGGACCAGAAUGAGGAAAGAAUCAACAGCUGGUUCGAGUCCAAAGUCAACCCAAAUGUUAUCUACUAUUAGUUCUAGAAACGAGCCACAUAUUGCUUAAAUCGCUCACUUUGACACUGAGAAAAUUUUCAGUUGUAUCCGCUUGAAAUAAUUUUCACUUUCAUCUGUCUACUGUAAUAUAUUACCCCGUGUUGAAAUGUCUCGUGCGAAAUGUAUGACGUAAGCAUUUAUGGUGAAAUGCUUUUCACAGACAUUUUUGAUACACCGAAAGCUAUUGCAGUAAUCUUCUACGUUUUUGUUUUACCCAUUGAUGUGUUAUGUAAUACAUUUCGUAAGAAGCAAAUUUUUGUCUUGAUGAUUUCAUAUAAAACCUCCACAGAGUAAAGUGGCAUUUACAGU